AUGGAUGAUAAAAAGGCUGCUGAGCACCUGUCUGAUUACUUUAAAAGCCGCUUCGCAGACAAACUUAAAAGCCAUGAACUUGAUUUGACUCUAAAUUCCCAAAAAAUCAGGAAAGAGAAGCUGGAACAGAAAGAGAUCAAGAUCAAGGAGGCUUUGAAAAAUUUUGACCAGUAUCUCAAGGAGAUGAAAGUGAAACAAUGCCAAGCUUGGAAGAAGGCAAGGCAGGAGAGAGAACUAACCCUCCAGAAAGCAGAGGAGCUGCAGGCUCUGAAAGAAGAGCUCCAGGAGCUUAUCACUGAGAGAGAUAGGCUGACCAAGCUAGUGGAAAAGCAUCAGAUCUACCCCACUUACUUAGCUAGUGUCAUAAAGUCCUGCAAGCAGUUUCAGGAGCCUUGGCAGCUCAUCUCCCGUGUAGACACGCUGAUGCAGACAAAGGAGGAGCUGUUAGGGAGCUGCCAGAAGAGCCAGGCCGCUGCCGAGAACAUCCGAGCCCAGCUCACCCAGUACAUGGAGCAGAACAACGACAAGAUCCUGCACUACAACAACACACUGGCCACACUGCAGAGUGAACUGGACACAGCCCGCGCAGAGUCCAACCUCUGGGAAUCAACAUGGGUCCAUAUACAAAACACUGCAGCCAAGAAGACUUUGUUGCUGGGUACAGUCAAAAUGGCAACACUGAACAUCUACCAAACCAUGUGCAAGAAGGCCAAAGAUGAAAAGGAAGCAAUAGCUGCUGAUGACACUCUGAAGCAACUGGACAAGAUCGAGACUUUUUUCCUUAAUCUAAAUUCGGUAUGGGAGGAAAUAUGCAAAGCAGACAAGGUGUCAAAACCCUGA